UUUUGGUGGCGAAGAUGAUGAAGACAGUUGUGAUUCGUGUACGGAUUUGACGGAGCAAUACUAUCGUCGGAAAUCUCCUUCGUGUAUCGGUAUUCCUGACCCAGUUAAGACGUUCCGCCCGUGCGUCCGUUUCCACGUUAGCAAUGUUAAAAUGGAAGUUGGAGUUGACGUGGAUGUGACCAAUAACAAAAAGGAAAUUAGCUCGGAUCUUAGUAGAUUGUCAAGGAAAGGCACGGGUAGUCUGCGCUAUGUACAGCCUAGGUUGUCUCUGCUCGGAAAACCUAUCAGUUAUAAAAUGCACAGGAGAGACGUCAGGUACCGGCGACUGCAGGCAAGGAUUUAUAAUUUUCUAGAGCGACCGAAGGACUGGUACGCAGUGUUCUACCACAUUGGAAUAUGCGCGGUGUGCAUUGGUUCGCUUGUUCUCAGCACUUUAUCAACGAUCCAGGAAUUUGAAGCAACCAUGACGACAGUGGUUAUAUUCCUGGAGCCGCUGUUGCUGUUCUGGUUGAUUGUUGAGUAUUUGGUGAGGAUUUGGGCCUCAGGGUGUCGCUCAAGGUAUCAGGGUUGGCUUGGCAGGAUGAAAUUUGCUCAAAGACCCCUCUGCAUUGUGGACGCAGUGAUAAUCAUAUCCACAGUCAUAGUUAUCCUAGUUGGCAGUUCGAGCGAGGCCUUUGCCGCUUCUACACUGCGUGGUCUACGCUUCUUCCAGAUACUCAGGAUGGUGAGAAUGGACAGACGGGCGGGCACCUGGAAACUCCUGGGCUCCGUCGUCUGGGCACACAGAAGGGAGUUGCUGACCACGGUGUAUAUAGGCUUCCUCAUGCUACUAUUUUCUUCGUACCUCGUCUAUCUUGCCGAAAAGGACCACAACAAACUUCGCUUUGGGACCUACGCCGAUGCCCUCUGGUGGGGCGUGGUUACUCUAUGCACAGUUGGGUAUGGGGAUGUCGUUCCAACCACUUGGGCAGGAAAACUCAUAGCCUCAUUCUCGGCCAUUUGUGGAAUAGCUUUCUUUGCCCUACCAGCGGGUAUUCUGGGUUCCGGCUUCGCUUUAAAAGUGCAACAACAACAGAGACAAAAGCAUCUGAUUAGACGACGGGUACCAGCCGCUUUAUUGAUACAGAGUUUGUGGCGUUGUUAUGCGGCGGACGAAAACUCCAUCUCCAUAGCAACAUGGAAGCCACAUAUGGUUCCAUGUCCGAGUCCUACACAAGAGCGACCAUUCAAAACCAACGCUUCUUUUGUAAGUCGGUUUUCCACCCGGAGGAAAGGGGGACCUAACUCUAACAACAACGGCGGGACAGCCAGUCCUCAUUACCCUUUGAUAUCCAGAGGUGACUCGAAGAAGCAAGGCUGCUCGGAUGAGGAUGUACCGGAAACCCUACAAAGCUUUGUAAAUCGCACGUGCAGGAGUCACCUUAGCUUGGCCACGGGGCUGGUGGACCAGAGAGUGGACAGAAUCGCCAUGAUGAAAGACCCGUCAAUACAGUCAUUUCACGUUAAGCACGAACAGUCAGAAGAGGAGAUGGACUUGUCCCCCAAAAUACGCGAACUCACCAUCGUUGAUAAGGCCGCCAUCCGGUCAUUGCGGAAAAUUAAAUACUUUGUGGCACGGAAAAAGUUCCGGGAAGCGUUACGUCCAUACGACGUCAAAGACGUUAUAGAGCAGUACUCUGCCGGCCAUGUGGAUAUGCUCGGUCGGGUUAAGAGUCUUCAGUGCAGAUUGGACCUCAUUCUUGGAAAGUCUGGAAGUAAAAACAAAGACGUAUAUGAUUCAAAAGUUAGCUUAUCGUCUAGAAUCGUGAAAGUUGAAAGACAGGUAGAAGACAUUGAAUCAAAACUCGAUCUUCUGAUUGAUUUGUACAAAGAAGACCGGAAAGUCUUGCUUCAAGCUAGAGCAAGCGUUACCAAUAGUUCGGCCUCGAACGAGCACGCAAAUCAAAACCAGCAAAAUUGUCCAAAACCACGGUCAAUCCUGGUCGAUAAACAGUACACGAGUGAACCGUCAUCGCCAAUCAUAGAAAAGCAUCCGAAAAAGUUCAUGUUACGCAAUCACUCAGACCUUAGCUCAAGAAUUCGUAAGCGAGUCACUUACAGACUUCACUCAGCUCCUGUCCGACACUAUGGUAACGUUCCAAAUAAUGAAGAGGGUGAAGAAAGUCAUCAUGUAAAUAGUGAGUUUGACAGCUUGAGGGACGAAGGUAAUGCAGAUGUAAACAGUGUUUGUUCGAGUAGAACAGUUUCAAACGAGGAUAUUGUUGAAGACAGAGAUGGAGAAACAGUUGAGUGUGAAGCGUAUACAAAAAAACAGUACACUCAAAAACAAGAAAUGUUGAAAAUAAACAAUGUCAACAAGGAGAAGUCUUCAGUGAAAGGUGAAACGAAUCAAAAUUAUCUUGAUUACGAUGCUCACAACAAUGAUAACAAUGAACUCGAACCUAAUGGUUCAUAUUGUCCUCAUCAUAAUGAAGAAGAUUGCUCAGAAAAUCCAGACGUUAAUGACGUAUUUGAAAACGACUCUGCGGAUGAAUGCAAAAUCGAUAUCGAGACGACCUGUCUAAUUAAGAUUGACCCACCGUAUUCAGACACUGCUCGGGAGAUGAAUGACUCCAAAGAUAGGCGAGAUCUAGAACACAUGGUUUUACUGCCUCUUGGAUCGAUGCAAGCAUUAGCAGCAGAUUCAUCGGAUGUAUAAAAUAUAAUACGUAAAAUAUGUGUUUAUUUAAACAUUCGUUUAAAAUUAUGCUCAGUACUUUUUAAUACUUAAAGUUUAUCGAAUCAUUAUUUCCUUAAAGUUUUCAGAAAUAGUCAUAAUUAUCAUUACCAUAUCUAUACGUAAAUUUUUUACCAUGCAUACCAUUUUUUUUCAAAAGAAAUGAAAUGCACAUCUUGAAGUGUUAAAUAGAUCCAUUCGAAGAGUAUAUUUCGGAAAGUAUGCCACCAAAUAUAUAACUUUAGGCUAGAAUGAAAUAUUAGAACAAUGUUAAAAACUGAUAAAUAAUUGGAAGAAACAAAAAUGUAUUGUCAUGUGACAUAUAAAAACUUUAGUUUUUCCUGUUGAAAGGCAAAAGGUCAAAUGUACAUUUUUUUUUUUUAAUUAUUACAAACAUUAUUUUGAGGUUAGAUAAAUUAGCAUUAAAAUAAAAAUGUAUUAGAACUGAUUUAUUAUACUGACUACCGUGAUUACCGUUUAUACUUUGUACAUAUUGUAUACAAAGUUUGUUUAUAAACUGGCAAUACCAAAAACAACCUCAAACGAUUUAUAGUUCGAUUUUUUUUAAUCAAAACAUCAAACUUUUUAAGCUAUUAAAAUAAAAAAUGCAUCUUUAAAACGACAAAAUAAAAAUUGAACUUUUGUCGAUAAAUGGUUGAAUUAAUUUAGUUUAUAAUCACGUUUCGUUUGUACAAAGAAUAUAUGUUCCGUUUCAGUUAAUAUUCACAGACAAAAUUGCCAUGAAAAUCAUUAAUCAUGGGAUUUUGGUACUAAACUUUGAAAUAUUUUAAAUGAUUUGAGCAUCUCUACUCGUCAUGUAUGCAUGGGGUGGGAGCGGAAAGGUUAUGCAUGGGGUGGGAGCGGAAAGGUUUUAUCUGCUACUUUAAUCAAUGUCAUGUAGGACGUUUUCGUGUUUACCCCUUGUAAUAAACACAUACGAUGAGACAGGGUAGUUUGGAAUAUCUAUAAUAAGUAUUCAUUGUUGGUAAUUAGUGGAAAUCACUUAAUAAUUAUUACAUUUUGAAUACAAUUCAGAAUGGCAAUAAAUUUAAUCUCUAAUAAAUCAGAAUUGUUCUGUGUGAUUGUAUAUAUUACUGUGAUUUUCUGUUUCUAUUAAAACAACAUGAACCUGA